AUGACCAGCGAACCUUCUGCCCCGGUCACGGAUGUAUCUACUCAGCACACCCGUUCAGAAGUGGGAACUACCCCCAAUGAAACCGCUAUUAAGAUCGGAGAUGUCAAACACGAUGUCGAUCUCUCAAAAGUACCGUAUCUUUCGUCCUUUGCCGGUUUCCAAGCCAAAGCCCAGCCCGACGCAACCGAAUUGGUCCACGGCCCAAUACCUCUCUUCGACGUAGCUUUGAAGGGUAGUCAAUCGGGUUAUCGCCAAUGCUUCAGGAAUCUCACGCCCGAACUUCAACAAUACCACGUUCUAUGCGAAACCUACGAGUUUCUCGGCAUCAAUGUCCUCGGCGAGCAACGUAUUGACCAGAUCUUCGGCGAUCUGAGGCUCUGCAAGGCAGGUUGGGAGACAUGGGAUGAAGGUAUCAAAGAUGGUAAAUCGAAAGCACGCGACGCCGCUUUCAAGUUACUGUAUCUGAUACUGCUGGGCGAGUUUGAGGAUGAGAAGAAGGAUGGCGACAAAGCGUACAACGCAGUGCUAACAAGAACCGUAGUGCGGGCGGCGUAUGAGGAACGUUUCGUUGUCUCGACGAAGCAGAUGGUAAGACUGGAUCAAUGGCUGAAAGGGGAUACUGUAGAUGAUAUUGAGGACGACGUCACUACAGAGGUGGAAUCAUCUGACGAGUACUAUGGAUCGGAUUGGUCAUAG